AGCACGCAAAACGGUCCCAUCCGAACCCCGUGCGGUUGACUUUGAUGCGCCGACGCCACAGCCCACAAAGGGUUCUUUACCCCAUGCGCAGCCCGGAGUAUAGUAGUGCCCGCUCACUGCAAUGCAAAGGAAUUGAACGACAGCAAGCAGAGCAAGCAAAAAAUGGGUCCUUAAAAUGGGGAAAAAAUGUACGCAUUCGUGCGUGUUUGUUCGAAAUUAUGCGGCGACUUUUAAAUUUGCUUUCAAAAGUUUGCACGUAACGGCCAGCGCGUGGGGCGGAAGAAAAAUCAUUAAUUUAUGCAACCAGUUUCUUAAUUGCUAUUGUUAAAUAUAUACAUCCCUUCACGUCCACACCACGAUCGAGGGGUGCUGCUUCGCAUCGAUAAUUAUCACCACUUACUGAAAAGUAUUGACAAUAAAGCAAUGAUAACGACGCACCAGCCUUAUCCAUCCAUCCAUUUUCCCGCUAUACAAUUUCCCUUGUUACAGCGGGGGUACAAGCGCGCCCCGUUAUCAGUGAUAAGGAGGAAAAUUAGAUUAGUCGGAAAAGCGCUCAAUGGCCAAUAUAAAUGCAUACACAUUACGCUUGAUGCGUCGCAAUUUGAUUGAUUUGGUGCUCCAACUUCCACACUUGGUGCGCGAGAUUCCCGAAUGAGUCCAAACCUAACCACAGCUACCGUUGGAGGAGGAGGAAGCAUUCGUCGCCGAAGAAAACUACCCAGUGGCAGCGGUGUCCUUUCGCUCGUUAAACGCAAGAAGGCUAACCAACGCGAACGCAACCGUAUGCACGGACUGAACGACGCGCUCGAUCGGUUGCGGAUGUGUGUGCCACUUCCGGCGAGCUUAACCACCGCCACGGUAAGGCCGGACGACGCCCGGGAGGCAACGCCAACACCACCGCAGAAGCUUUCCAAAAUCGACACACUACGGUUGGCGCAAAACUACAUCGCAGUGCUGCUAGAGGUGCUGCACAGUGGACGUGGGAUGAAGUACGAUCGUUUGCUGGCUACACUGGGGCGCAGGUUGAGCCAAAACACCACCAAUCUGUUGCGGACGAGACUUACGCUCGAUGAGCAGCUACAGGCCGGACUGGUGGAUGGGGAGUGUGGCGGGUCUGGAUCGUUCGAGCACGCAGGACAGGGGCUGUGUUGCUUGUGUUCACCACCACAGCACGAUACGCCAGUGUGGUCAAAUAGAGCGGCGCUUGCUGAGCAGCAGUGGACAUUGGGGUACGAUUGCAGCUUCUGCAGCUACAGCGAGGACGGUCCACCGACGAUGACGACGACGACGACGACGUACCGUGAGCGGGGUGAUAUGUUCGACUUCUGAAAGCAAGGUAGGUACCAUACGUAAACUAUUUAUUCUCGAUUCACUUAUAUCAGACAUAGGGAGUAAGAAGAUAGUUAAAGUUAAGGGUGGAGGUGGGGGAGGGGUGAGGGAAAGGGAGUAGGCAAGUGUGGGAAAAGGAAAGCUCUUUGUUGUACAUGCGCUCUAAAAUAACCGUCCGUUUUUUUUU